GUCUGAUCGAAUCUCUGCCCGUUCGCAGCCCGUACGCUCUUGCACGCCUUGCGCGAUGUCUUCGGCGAGCCAGCUUGCUCAGAAAGCCAAGAGGCGCAACGCCACCUUAUCAUGUGCAGAAUGCCGCCGCCUUAAACUUAGGUGUUCACGCGUGUUCCCCUGCGCAAGUUGCGUGAAGAAAGGCUGUGCUGCCAUCUGCCCUGAUGGGUCGCUCACAACGGGCAAAGGAAACCGGUUCGUGCUGGCGAAUACCGAGGUCCUCCAUGACAAGAUCACCAUUCUCGCCAACCGCGUCCGCGCCCUCGAGGAUGCUCUCCAAGAUGUAUCCAGUCAACCACAUCCCCUCCUCACAGACGAGCUCCGGGCUCUGAAGAAGCCGCUCGAGAGAGAAGCCCCCGAAGAACAAGCCCAAGAGCAGGAACAAGAGAGCGUGGAAUCAAUUAACGUCGGCUCCCUAUCGAUUACGGAGUCCGGCCACACGAAGUUCUACGGGGGAAUGGCCAAUGCCUGGUACCUCUUGCAGAACGAGGCUGGAAGCGACGAUGAAGCAGAUAGCCCACAGAUGAAAUUACCCACGGACAUACCUUGGCUAAGCCACACUUUCCCGUUCUAUACUGCGGUGCAUGAGACCGCGGAUGGGAUCCGCAACCUAGUCCUCAACGCCCUGCCCGACCAUGAUAAAGCCCGCCGGCUAGUGACCAUCUACUUUAAGCACGCGGCAUGGAUGUAUACGCCGAUCCCCGAAGCCGAAUUUGAGGAAGCCAUCUUUGCCCGCGUUUACGACGGUAUGGAGACAGAGACAGAGCGCGCGCCGAUGGACGCACACCAGCUCGCCGUGCUCUGCUUCGUGUUCGCCCUGGGGACGUUGCUGGACCUGGAAAAACCGUCGCUGUCGGCCGAGGCGAUGCACUACUACCAACUCGGCAGGGCGGCCCUAAGCGUGGACUCGGUGCUCGAGUCGCAGUCGAUCCCGGCUAUCCAAGCAGUGAUCCUCAUGUGCCACUACAUGUUCCUGUCCUUCGUCGAGAGCCCUCGCUGGGCUCUCAUGGGCCUCGCGGUGAAAUUAGCCCAGAGCCUUGGUCUCCAUCGCGAUAGCGGCCGUUGGAAUUUGGACAGCAAAGAGACCUUUAGGCGACGAUCGCUGUUUUACGAACUCUAUACAUAUGACUCCUGGCAGAGUCUGACGUAUGGCCGUCCACCCUCCUUCGCCACCGCAUUCAUCGAUUGCAAGAUGCCGGAGGAGCCGGUGAAGAACGCUCACGGCGAGUUGGAGAUGAGCUUCGCUGCCUGGAAGCACCGGUUCUCCUUCAAGUGCCUCGCCGUCGUGCAUGAACGCGCGUUCGGAGCUACGGUGCCCCGCUACACGAUCAUCAACGAGCUCGACAAGAAGAUCCGUGACUGGUACAUCCCGCCUUCCCUCCGGGUUCCAGGAUUCGGCGGGGCGUCCAUGGAGGGCCCGCACGUCCAGCCACAGAUCGAGUUAACGAUGCAGCGGUACAUCGCAUUUGCGAUCAAGGAGAUGACGCUGUUCUAUCUCCACCGCGGCUUUUUCGCUCGGGCGCUCGAGGAAAGCCCUACCGACCCCCUCGGCAGCAAAUACGCGCCAUCCGUGCUGGCAGCGUACAACUGUGCCUGCUCCUUUGUCGGCCUGAUCCGGAGCCUCUACUCGCAGCACCCUGGGCUCACUGAGCGGAUGUGGUUCUUGUUCACGCAUGUGUUUUCGUGCUCGAUCGUUCUGGGAUCUAUCGCUACGAAGUGUCCAGGCAUGGCUCUGGCACCAUCGGCUCUGUCCAACCUCGACUCUGCACUGAGUCUCUUCAAUGAGGUGUCCAGUAACGCUCGUGCUGCGAAAGUUCUCCCUGUCCUCCGCAAACUCAAAGCCCGUGCGCUGGCCGCCAAGGUGGCCGCGAGCAGCGGCUCACCCAACCUCAACGGCCCGCAAAGCCCGACCGAGAGCCUCUUCGUGAAAGAGGAGGACGAGGAGCUCGCAGCGCUUGGCGGGAAGACGCGACUCGUGUCCCGCAAGUCCCCGACGCUCUCCAACCCCUCCUCGCCCCAAGAGUCGUCCCAGCACUCCGAGAGCCCCAUCGAGCAGAGCAUGCCCUACAUGCCCGCCGACGCGAGCCCACCGCCCCCUGGCCCAGAGUCCCCGGCAUCCAUGCCCUCGCUCAGCGUAGACCCUGCGCAGUGGGGCGGCGGGUACAUGCCCGCGGCGGCGGAGACGUACGACUACGCGUACCCGGACCUGGCGGCGCAGUGGUCGCCGCACGGGCAGCACGUUCCGAACGGGCACAUGAACGGCAACGGCAACGGGCACGAUAUGCACAUGCAGGGCAUGACUAUGGGCAUGCACCCUAUCCAGGUGCAGUAUAACGGGUACGAGCAGGUCGGGCAUGCGCACGCAUCUAUGGCGGCUGCGCACCAACAGCAACAGCACCAGCAUCAGCAUGCUCAGUACAUGGCGCAGGGGCCGCACUCGCCGGUCCAUGGGCACCAUAUCCCCGCGGCGGACCCGCACACGUCGUGGAACUACCUGUUUGCGCAGUUUAAUCAGGUUUGAUGCAUCAAGAGAGAAGUUGCCGGGAGGGAACGGGAGCGGGUGGAAGGAGUUGUUGGUCGCGUUUCUUGUACAUGUCUUGGGUCGGUCGUUCUGCUGUUGAUUCUCGUCCGCUCGUGCUCCUGUCCUUUAUCCUAUGUACACCCUGUGCUGUUUCUAGUGUAACUCUGUGUAGGGAUAGUGUGUGUUUGUAUGCCGCUAGCUAUAGUAUUCGUAUGUGACUCA